UUGACGACGAGAAUCAUGACGAAGAAAUCGAGUGCCAGGGUUAUGCUGGCCUUGGUUUGGUCGUGUUGCUGAACGAUCCAAGUCAUCACGGGGACUCCAGUCGGAACACCUGAAAUGGAUCGAGAUUGCGGAUUGCCCUUGACCGAGGCAGAACUUGCAUGCGUUUCAACAUUUGGCAAAGCAGCACCUGAUGACUUCCCCACGUCCGAGGGAGAUGACAUCGUCAGCCUACCGAAUCAACCCAAUAAGAACGCUUUCGUUGAUAGAAAAUGGCCCAAUGCUAGCGCAAUUCCAUACGUCAUCGACUCGGCAUUUGAUGCCAAGGCGCGAUGCGCCAUCGGUUACGCCAUGACGCAGUGUACCACAAGAUUUCCUGCAUUCGCUUCGUCCCGCGUACGAUCCAGUCGGACUACAUCAAAAUCAACAAAUUCGAUACCACAGAUUUAAGUUGCUCCUCAACAGGACUCGGUUUCUAUAAAGGUUUAGAAGCACACCACAUCACUUUGUCGACUAGCUGUUACCAGUAUAAACCGGGAACCGUCAUACACGAAUUGAUGCAUCGUAUCGGGUUUGCCCACGAACACAAUCGACCCGAUCGUGACACAUACGUCAACAUUCUUUGGGAUAAAAUUAUUGAAAAAGACCGGAGGCAGUACGCCAUUACGCAAGGAUCCAGCCUUAUCUAUAGAUACGACUAUGGUUCCGUGAUGCAUUAUCCGCUGGGUAUUAAAAUGACGACGAAAUUAAACACCAAUGGGGCUGUCAUUGGACAGCGAGAUGGUUUAAGUAAGAAUGAUGUCAUCAAACUCGCACUGAUGUACUGCCUAAGGGGGUGAUAACGCUAACUUUUGAAACGCACCAAGUGUUGCAGUUCAACCAUUCCUCGCUGCAACGAUUCCCCGUUACUCUUCACACAAGAUGUAAUUCUGUCGUUGAAUUUUGACACUUUGUUUAAUAUUUGGGUGGAGGUUAUUUUAAUUUUAUUCCUUUCACCUAAUAAAUCUGAUGAUUUACAGCUAUUUUAUUAUCAAUUUGCAAAAACAAAUAAAUUGAUUUAGUCCCUA